AUACCCGUAGCCUGCAAAACACCGAAAUCGACGCCAUCAAGGCCUUGGGGUGUUUCGUGCUAACGACACCCGUCGCUGUCGGACACUCUCCGCGAUCCGGGAGCUUUCCCCCGUAAUCGCUUCCUUUUGACCUUUUAUGCUUGGGGUCGAACUGCGAAUCUCUACUCCAUACUUCUGUGAAUCCCAGGACCGAGAACGAGUGUGCUCCGUGCACCAUCUCGAGCUUCAUAUUCGCCGAAGCUUAAUCUUUUUGACCCGACCCUUUGAAUGAAACUGUCCGCCUCGACGCUGCAUCAAAUCGAGUAAAGAUCUCACGGGCUCCAGCUAUGAUCUCCAUUAUUCUCACCUCGCUCGGCGUCGCAACCCUGUACCUCUACCAUGUCAACUCCGCUAUGAAACGAGUCCCCGAUGAGGCCCGCAAGCUUUCUCCACGUCGCUGGACGGUCGACGACGUUAAGGCGGCUUACAACAAGGCGCUCGAUAAUCCCAUCGAUAUCACUGACAGUCUGCCUCCGAAGCAGUCGCGCCGUUAUAUCGUCGUGGGUGGAUCGGGUCUCGUGGGCGGCUGGAUCGUUUCACAUCUCCUCGCUCGCGGCGAGGAUCCAGCUUCAUUGCGAAUCCUAGAUCUUCUCCCACCAACACAAGACAUCCUCGACCGCGGCGUAACUUUUAUCAAAACCAACAUCACCGACGAACUCGCCGUAUCCACAGCCUUCGAGCAACCAUGGCCUGAAACGGUCGCCAAUCUCCCUCUAACCGUCUUCCACACGGCUGCGAUAAUCCGUCCUUUCGAGCGUCUGGAGAUCUACCUCCCGCUCUGCGCCAAUGUCAACGUCAACGGUACCCAGAACGUCCUCAAUGCUUCUAAGAAAUGCGGCGCUACUUGCUUCGUCUCCACCUCGUCUGGCUCGGUGACCCUGCAUAAACCGUCAUUCUGGAUUGCGCCGUGGGAGAAGCUGCCUCGCCGUGUGAUGCAGAUUCUUAGAGACGAUGCGAAGUUGCCGGAGCGUCAUGAUGAGUUCUUUGGAAACUAUGCCGUGUCCAAGAUUGAAGCGGAACGUCUUGUUUGUGCGGCCGAUGACCCCGCCAGCGGGUUUCGGACUGGCUGUAUCAGACCUGCGAAUGGGAUUUAUGGGAUUGGAUGUGAUACAAGCAACACGGUUACUGGCCAGUAUCUACGCAAGGGUGGAAGUCCAACCUGGCUCCGCCCAGUAAUCCAAAGCUUCGUCAACGCCGAGAACGUCUCCCUAGCACACCUCCUCUACGAAGCCCGCCUCCUCGAACAAUCCAACCCGCAGAACACGCACCCGAGCAUCAGCGGCCAGGCCUUCGUCGUAACGGACCCCAACCCUGCAGUGUCCUUCGGCGACAUCUACACCCUCCUAACGACCCUCUCCUCUACACCGGUCUCUUUCCCAACCAUCCAACCCGUCCCGCUUCUCCUGCUAUCCUAUUUGGUCGAGGCAUAUGUCUACGUCCAGCAUGCGGUGCUGCCAUGGCUUCUCCCCAAGUUGACGGGGGAUUUGCUGCAGAUUCAGCCGUCGCUGUUUGCGAUUUCGGACGUUUUUUGUAUUGCGGAUGAUGAGCGGGCGAGAAAGGGGGCUGAGGAGGGGGGGUUGGGGUAUAGACCCGUUAUUACGACGUUGGAGGGACUGUGUAAGGAAUUGGCUCAUUGGAAUGAGAAGGCUGAUGCGAAGCGGGUUGCUGAGGUGAAGGGGAAGGUGCUGACUGGUGCGAUUUCGUUGGGAGAGGAGGGGGUGGAUGUUAAGCUUGUCUCGCCGGAGAUGAAGUUGUGAGAAUAAGAGAGUGGUCUGAUGCUGUCCCUCUCGUAUAGCGUGCAUCGAGUGAAAAUGGGAUUACUUGGAUCUUUUCUUAUUUCUUUUCAGGCAUAAAGCAGAGCGUUCAAUUGAGCAUUUGUACUACUUCUGGUUGUUUUUUUUUUUUUGAACAGUAUGAGUAGCCAUUUCUUAUCGAAACAGAUCAAGAUAGAUCAAGGUUGGUUUAUUGAUUCACUGGUAUUCUUAGCUUGCGCGGGCCUCAAUAUUGAUCUACCGUGCGUGAACUGCAGGAGAGAAGCCAAGCUCCCGCAGUUUGUUCACUCCCAGGGCUCGUGUAUGGGCAUAUGGCAUGCUGUCGAGUCAUGAGCUUCCCGAUACGAGCCAAGGCGAGACAUCUACUAUCAGGCGGAUGCCGCCAAAGUGACUGACAUGAGGCAUUGGAUCGUAGAGAGGGGAAUCAUCGCUGGACACGCGACAAGCCCGGGGUGAUCAAACGGACAGAGAUUGUGCGUCCCGAGCUUGAGAGGGCCUUCGACAGUAGCCCAGUCGGCCUGCGCAAUGAUACGCUAGGGAUGACAAUAGUGCUGCCAGGCAAGCUGCCUAUACGAAAAUGUCGAGCACAUUUGGCACACAAGUCAAACCUUGUGCAACACUUCAGCUCGAAUCAAGAAAGGGUUGCCGCGUCGCGCAGUGACACCCAAACUCGAAAAACAGCACUCCACUUGACGAGGAGAAGGAAAAAUUUUUGUAAGUCAUCCUCCAGUCGACGACAUUUACCGCGCCUGCUGCUGCGCCGCCGACCGCCUCUGCUCCAGAAUCUGCAUCCGCAAGCCCUCCGACGCCAACUCGACUUCCAACACCGCUCCGACCCCACGCUUCCACGUCUCCUCAAGGCUAGUCAUCUCGCCAGAGCUUGCGUCCUGCGCAAUCUUGCGCUGCUUAUUGACCUCCUCCGAGGCGCUCUUGGUCUCUGCCAACUCCUUCUCCAUACCACGCAGGAUCUCCUCCAGCUGCGAAUUUCCAAUUAGCCACGCGUUCUUGCCGUGUUCCUCCAGCAGCGUGAGGUUCUCAUGUCGCUUGGUCAAGUGUGAGCUGGAAACAUAGGCCUUUUGCAGGGUCUCACGCCACUCGGGCAGGUUAGGGGCUUCGGUGUCGGAGGUGCGGGUCGGUGGUUCGGGGGCUUCGUAGCGGGUUAGGUCGAUGCCGCCAGUAAGGGGAGCCCCCGUGGCUUUGCGUUCCAGUUCUUGUUGGAUGAGAGCAGAAAACUUUGAUUCUGGGCUGGCGGGAAUGGAUGGGUGUAGAGUUGAAGUGUGCUCUGGGGCGAGCUCCGCGUUGAUGAGCUGUUGAGCUUUUUGGCGCGCGACGGCCGAAGGCUCGGCAUCGAUGUCUAAUGGGAUUUAGUGGGGUUGAACGCUGACAUUUGGGUGUUUAUAAGAGUUGACGUACAUGGUAAAGAGUCGUGAACCUCGUUGAUGAGAGACAUUUUGAAGAGUGUGGAUGGUAAUUGCAG